CGUCAUCCACGGCUCGCACCUUACGACGCUCCACCACUUGCACCAGUGUACCCGUCGUCCUGCGCGAUAUGUGCGGAAACCCGCUACUUGGUAAAAUGUCUAGUCUGCGAACACCUGUUCUGUAACGGGUACAUUCCACCGAAAAGAAAAGGCGGCAUUCGCCGCACACACAUUGUACGCCACAUUCAAGCUACUGGCAAUGUAUCGAUAGCUUGGAAGCAGAACGAUAGCGAGUUUGUUCCACUCGUCUGCAAUCGGACCGACUGCGAAACAACAACAUUCUCGAAUUACGGACUACGGAAAAAGAUCUCCAAUUCGAGUGCACUUCACACGGCCAUGAUUUGCGACAUUCCGGACAGGCCAUCGUUGAUCUACUGCCCCUUCCUAACCGCGACGUUGCCGUGCAAGGUCUGAGGCGUCUCCCAGAUUUACUCAUCCAACGGAUUCAUCCGGACGACAUACAAAGAAAAGCGUCCUCUCUGGAAGAAUAUGUUAUUAACAUGUUCCUGCAGAUUGGAUUUGCAGCAGACGCAGGCUCCAUUGCAAGUCGGAACAAACUGCUUCAGAACUUGUAUGCUGUGGUGACGAGUCCUAAAGACGACUUCAGUGAAGUCGCGUACCCAGAAAGCUUUGCCAGUCUUCGAGGAUAUGCAAAAUUCUGGCGACGGCAAGUACGACGUGAGCUAGCAUGGGGAAACAUCAGUACACCGCAUCUUCCUGAAGAGGUAGACGUACCUAGUCUGAUGCAACUGCGGACACUCAAAACACUGGAGUCGUUUACGCCAUCAGAAGAGCAGGCAGUUCCCAAGAAGUGGAAUCCCUCGUUUAUCAACGCUGUCGUUGCCCAGCCGGACACUGUCGAUCAGGACAUCCAGGAAAACGGCCUUCCUGCUUGGUACACUGCAGAACGCGAGGCGGAAUUGAAUGAUGAGGCCAGUUCGAUCAGGAGGACGUGGAACUUAAGCCACCUGCAAUCGCUAGCAAUCACGUACGCUUUAAGGCAGCGACCACCGCUGUACGCUAUCCAAGGACCCCCCGGUGCAGGCAAAACGCACACAUUGACCGCUGCUGUGCACCUAUUUGCGUCCCGAAGGAUGGAUAACACCAAGAAGAUCCUUGUCUUAGUGCCGACAAAUCCUUCUGCGCUACUAAUCCUCAGGCGCCUGGAUGCCAUUAAAUCAGACCCGAAGCUUAGGAUCGGUGUUCAUUCCUGCCAAAAAAAGCGGGUUGGAAGCCAAAGAAUGCGGGUUGGAAAGAGAUUCAGCCUUGGACCAGUUCGUCGAACGUCUCAAGGUGAACGCCUUUGACAUGGUGGAUGUCAUUGUCUCGACUGUAACGUCCGCCAACAUUCAACAAGCGGCGAAGCAAGGCCUAUUAAAAAAGAUCGAGAUCGAGGCAGUAUUGAUUGAUGAAGGUAGUGCCAUGACCGAGCCUGCAACCGUAGCCGCAUGUGCUAGAGCCCCCUGCGUAUGCAUUUUUGGCGAUAAGGACCAAAUCCCACCGAGAUUGCAACGACCGCAGGCUGAUACUGCGCCGCUGAACCAGUCCUUACUCGAAACGCGGCCUGGAAACAGGUUGCUACCCUUGCUUUCAGCUCACCGAACAACAUCGCCUACCGCAAUAUGUCCUGGAGCUUCUCUCUAUGUUCCAUUACGGGUCGCCAAACGCAAUGAAGGCAUCUCCAGACUUGAAAGAGAGAUGGCAGGAGCCGACGCUGCGUCCUUUUGGGGAUGGGCAGAAGAAAAGAUAUCGGCAUUUAGGUCAUGCUUGGGCGACAGGAUUGGCAGUCCUCCAUACUCGGGAGUCGCCCGAAGAACCGGACCCCGUCCAUCGCACGUCGUACCACAAUACCUCCGAAGCUGCGAUUAUUUGUAAAAUCAUAUCGAAGUUACCUGACGACAUCCGGUCAAGGGUAGCCGUGCUCGUACCAUACUUGGGACAACGACGCAUCAUUGUCAACGAGCUGCUAAGGAAAGGAAUCACGGACGUUUACGUCAAUACACUGGACGGUUAUAUGGGGGUCGAAUAUGACCUCAUAGUCUUAAGUGGGGUGCGUACAGCUUGGAGCAAUGACCUCGGCUUCAUGGCAGAACACAAAAGGGCCUUGGUAGCCCUGUCUCGCGUUCGACUCGGCCUUCUAAUGGUGAUUGACGUUAAGCUCUUUCGGACGGACCCGUUCUUCGCCAACGUGUGCUGGAAGGCUGGCCAGGACGACCGGAUCUUUACUUGGACCCAAGGACGGCUUAAAUCUGCCGUCUAUAAAGUCGAGCGACCUACGAAUGACAUACGAAUGAGGGUGAUCUCGUACGACAAAGUUUUAGAGUCUGGACAUUUUGCUGGAUCCAGCGAUACCCGAGCGCGCUUUGUAUUAGACGGUGUUCUGCAACUGCCUGAAGGGUUUCCUGAAGUGGGACGAGCCGUCCACAUCAGAACCAUAUUCCAGUCCAACAAAAAUCUGCUCAGAGUAUUCGAACGGGAGGACAACGUCGAUCCUGCACAGGAAACAAGCGUCCCACCGGAAGUCCGGGUUUACAAUCUGCAAAAAAUCUCCAUCGACCCGAUAACCGAGACUGCCGACAUUGCACCAGUCGUUCUCUCGGUCGACUCCGUCAGUGCGCAGCAAGCGGUGAUCACAUUGGAGGACCAGGCACCUGCCUGGAUGCAUAACCUAAUAAUACACUGGCAACAAGAAGAGGAAAUGGAGAUGAUGGUCAAUUGUCAAAGAACAAAAAGAGUGGAAUGGGUCGUCCAAUACUUGAACGAAUGGCUCAGAAAGAAGGAUCAAGAUCCGAUCCAUGAUGAGUUUGAGGGGACUGCGCCGAUUCAGACGACCGCUGGAAAUGAAGCUGGUUGGGGCGAAUAAGACAAGUGAACACAAUUCGCAGAUUCAGUCUAGUAUUUUGCAUGAAAGAAGAAAAAUAUCUCGCAGCUUCAGUGUAGUAUUUGCAUGAGAGAAGAGGGUUAGGGUUAGGAAUAUCUCGCAGAUUCAGGGUAGUAUUUGCAUGAGAGGAGAAACUAUCUCGCAGUAGUAUUUGCAUGGAAAAAGAACACAUCGCUAGUAUAUGUGCUUGGAUAUGUCGGUAUCUCUGCGUAUGUAGUUAGCAUAUCUGUCGGGAGCCCUUCUG